AUGUCGGAUUCAACAGAGACUAAGGCCGAGCCUAGGUUCCAAAACCUCUCAGAAAAGACGGCAGAUGACCAAAAUGACUCUGUUGAUGGGGCACAACGGCGACGAGGCUCUUUCUGGCGAACUUUUCAACGCUUUAUUUGGGACGAUCCGGACAAGCCAGCCUAUGAGAAAAAGUUCCUUUUGAAACUUGACUUCUUCUUACUGACUUACACUUGUCUGGGGUACUUCUGCAAAAACCUGGACCAAGCGAAUAUUAGCAACGCGUACGUCUCAGGGAUGAAAGAAGCCCUAGGAAUGCACGGCAACGAGCUCACAUACGCGUCCAACGUCUUCACGGCCGGCUACGUGAUAUCACAAAUUCCAGCCGUGAUCCUCGUCACAAAAAUCCGGCCGUCGUACAUAGUCUCCACGCUCGAGAUCCUCUGGGCUGUCUUCACCUUCUGUGCGGCCUCCGUGAAGACCAUUCCCCAGCUCUACGCGAUCCGAUUCUUGGUCGGGCUGUGCGAGGGCGCAUUCUUCCCUACCAUCAUCUACCUCAUAGCUAGUUGGUACACCAAGAGCGAGCGAGGCAAGCGGGUCACUUUGUUCUACUCUACCGCUACCCUCUCACAGAUGUUCUCUGGGUACCUCCAGGCUGGUGCGUAUGAUGGUCUGAAUGGUAAGAUGGGCCGCGCUGGUUGGCAGUGGCUGUUUAUGAUUUGCGGCGUGAUCAGUCUCCCCAUUGGUGUCCUUGGUUAUUUCUUCAACCCUGAUUUCCCAGAGAACACCCGAGCGUUCUACAUCAAACCAGAAGAAGCCGAAUUCGCACGAAGAAGACUCCUCAACGAGGGCUACAAGCCGCUAGGCGCAUCCGCAUGGAGCAAGAAGAAAAUUUUCCGCAUUGUAACUUCCUGGCAGUUCUGGGUAUUGUCAUUCGGCUAUUUCUUUGUGCAGUCGAGUUUCCCCAUCCAACAACCCUUCUACGCCUUGUAUUUGAAGUCCAAGGGGUACUCGGUCUACCAGAUCAACGUCUGGCCGACCGGACAGGCGGCAGUGGCUGUUGUAACCCAGGUCCUCGCGGGCAUGCUUUCCGACUCACCUCUUCUCCGAGGCCGAAGAUGGCAAGCAAUCUUGGUCAUGCAAGGCGGGACCAUCUUUGGAUGUAUAGUCCUUGCAAUCUGGGACGUACCUCUGGGGCUCAAGUACUUCACAUUCUACAUCUCGUGGAUGUCAGCUGGUGUUCCGGGUAUCUACUACUCGUGGUUCCCUGACCUGAUGCCGGAAGAUCAUGAGAUGCGAGGGUUCUUGACCGCGUUCUCGAAUAUCUUUUCGUACGUCAACCAGAUUUGGUACACUGAUGCAGCAUGGCGCACGUCGAUGGGGCCGGAGUUUCGGGCCGGGUUUAUUGCUGCUGCAACCUUCGGAGUGGUUCUUAUCUCGACCGCGUUGUUGAUGCGGUGGCUUGAGAAAAGAGAUGUCCAGCAGAGGAAGCAGGUCCAGGGAAGCGAGCCCACGGCGGACCCGAAUUUGGCUGUGACUUUGCAGGGGAACCCCGCCGCUGUAGUAUAA